UUACGCGCAGUGUUUACCUCACAUUAAUCCCCGUGUUUUCACCAAAGGCGUUAGAACGGGGAUUGUUUUUGAUGGUUUGGAAAGAUUAGGAUGUUGAAAGUUUUAUUUGCUGCCAAACAAAAAUAGAUCUGAUGUUAAAAUGGCAGGGGAGAGUGCACCGUUUAAGAGAUGUGGACAUUUAACCCGUGGACUCCACUCCGGGUAAUUCCUCCCAGUCGGUUAUCAGCCCUCACACCACACCACGUGCCACUCCUGCAAAGUUUGGGAGACUAACACUGAUCAAUAUUAAAACGGCCGUGAGCCUGGUCAUUGUGCUCGGCUCCUCUUCACGCCCGUGCGCGCCCCUUUGCCACAUUCCGCGCACGAAUCACGUUUCAUCCAGCGGGUCAGCGUGGCUCGGACGACAUCGCUAUAGGAACAGCGGCUGCAACACACACAGAGAGAAGCUCUAAUUACCGGACUUUGUGCUGGUGCAGGCUACACGUGAGUCGGAAGCUGUUCCCCACCGGAGGCGCGCGUGCGCUCUAACCACAAGCACCGACGGCUUUGCAAAGUGGCAGCUCAGGGAACUAUAGACAUCAGUCUGAGGAGCAGCUCCACCGGAGGACACGCACUGUGCAUCUGUCGCCCCCUCAGCCGCCCGUGUGUGGACAAAACCAUUCCCCCGCAGAAGAGGAAGAAGAAGCUCGAGGAAGGAUAAACAGCAGCAGCAGCAGCAGCAGCAGCAUUAGCAGCAGCAGCAGCAGAGAAGCGAUGGAUGAAAGAAUACCGCAUUUACAGGACAGACAGUUCAUGGAGCACGCAGAAUUCUUGGGGGUGGAUUACCCCUCGAUCUACAUGUGCAAAUCCAAAAGAGGAAUAAAACGAGAGGAUGGAGGGAAGCAGGACGCGUACAAGUUACCACACCGGUUGAUAGAGAAGAAGAGGAGAGACAGAAUCAACGAAUGUAUCGGGCAGCUGAAGGAUUUGUUACCCGAGCAUCUGAAGCUGUCGACGCUCGGGCAUCUGGAGAAAGCAGUUGUCCUGGAGUUAACACUCAAACACCUAAACGCACUGACUGCUGUGACCGAGCAGCAGCACCAGAAGAUCAUCGCCUUGCAGAAUGGGGACCGGUCGAUGAAAUCUUCCAUUCACGCGGACCUGGACGCGUUCCACUCCGGGUUCCAGGCCUGUGCCAAGGAGGUCCUGCAGUACCUGAGUCAGUUUGAGAACUGGACUGCGCGGGAGCAGAGGUGCGCGCAGCUCAUCAGCCACCUUCACAAGGUGCUGGCGCAGGUCCAGCCCGGCGCGCCACUGCUCCAGCACCAGCUACCAGCCGGGGACGCACAGGAGGGGCAGAAAGCCGACAGCCAGGCCAACUGCGUCCCGGUCAUCCAGAGGACCCAAGGCGGGGAGCUUAACGAGAAUGACACAGACACGGAUAGUGGAUACGGGGGCGAGGCUGAGAAGAGCGAUGGCAAAGAUAAAGACUGUGCGCGCAACAAGGGGCAGGGACCGAAGGCGGUGAAGAUCAAGCAAGAGUUUGGAGACGAGCGCGCUGCCAAGAAGCCAAAGAUGAGCUGGUCUGGGAACGGGUUAGGGGGCGCAGACGCCUCCAGGCCUGACCUGGCGCUAAUGAACUCUCUGAUGGGAAUAAGCAGUGUGGGACAGCAGACACCAAUCUGUAUGCCUUUUUACUUCAUCAACCCCUCGGCCGCGGCGUCCUACAUGCCUUUGUUCGACAAAAGCAACAUUGAAAAGUACAUGUACCCAGCGGCGGCUGCUCUUGCGUCCCCAUUCCCUUGGCUUUACCCCGCACACGCGUCAGCCGCUGCGGCGGCGGCUGCUGCAGCCGCGUUUCCCGGCUUGUCUGCGCACUUUGGCGGCUCUGAUCAGUCCAAGGACUGCCUCUCCCCGGACAGAGAGGAGUCACACGAGACGGAGGCGAGCUCACCUGACGAGCGUGAGGAGAGUCUCGCCAGUGACGACGGGGAGGAUGACGCAGGUGAUGCGUUCCAGGAGAACAAGAGCAGCACUCAUGAUCAGUUCCCCGCGUGUCCGAUGAGCUAAUCUGUCCGUGUUACCUCGUUGCGUCCUGCUGAGAAAUGUAUGUAUUCCUUAAAAAAAGAAAGAAUUUGGCUACUUUUAAAAAACGAGGUCUCACUGAAGAGUUCCUCGUGUCCAAGAUCUUGGAGAAGGGGACAGUUGUGACGGCGCGUGCCUUUUGCACUCAUGUUAGAAUGAUUAUCGACAAUGAUUGACACUAGUACACGACUGUGUUGUGCUGGAGUUAGUUUUUUAUCCUCUUUCAUAAAAAAUAUUUUGAAAUGGCAGCAUUGGUGCCAAAACUUUGAAUACUUGGACAGUUCGCAGCGCAGUCUCCCAAUCAGCGAGUCUUUUUUUGGAUGUAUGAAGUUACAACUGACCUCUGCCAAGGUUAUUAAGAGCCUGGCUGACUCUGACUGUAAAUAUUAUUACCUGGAAUACGGUGUGAUUCAUUCACGUGUAAAUGUGCACUAAACGGGCCUAUGAAAUAAAGAAGUGCUCCGGGAAGCUGACAGGACCUCAUCCCAAAGUUUGCACGGGGAUAGUCUUAGUGGAACACACACACACUGCUAUACUUUAAUGAUUGCAUAUUGAUAAUAAUGAGAUUAAUGGAGAGGUGCUGGAUAUUGUGGUUAUCUCUACUUUAAAGAAACAAAACAAUCAUAAAAGAGCAACAUGUUGUAAAUCCCCUGACUGAGGCAUUUCUGCACAGAGGUGCAGUGACCUGUGACCUCCAGCAAACAUUGUAGGAUGUAGUACCUUAGGCAUCUUUGAUAUUGAAUGUAAGAUGAUCUUUACUCUUUGAGAUGUAAAGUGCACUUUUUUCCCCCGCUUUGACCCUCCCCCAACAGCCAGCUCAUCCUUUUCAAAGUCAAUCACUGUAUUUCUCUUUGAACAUUUUCAUGGUAUUGAGUUGUCUUGAAAUAAAAAAAUAAUAAAAACAGAAUCAUAAUUUCGAUUUGAAAAGAGGGAACAGAGUGACCAGAUGCUUUGUGAUGAUUUCUUGGAGUAAAGAGAUUUUUUUUAAUAAAACAUGACUCAAAUGAUGAUCCGAUGUGAAAACCCCAUCACACGCCAGGCGUCUCCAUACUCUGUGUUGUAUGCUACCACUCUGUAAAACCUCUCUUUUCAAAUAUUUGACUAAGACAGGAGAGAAGCUGUGGUCCUGUGACCCUCAGCUAUGAUUCUUGCUGUUUUAGGAACUUUAACUUUAUCUCAGUCUAUUUUCUAAGAGAUUAAUUCCUGCAGUUGUUGUGUCAUUCAGCUUUUUUUUCCACACGUGACAGAAUGAACAGAUGAUUUUCAUGCUAUUUUGCAUACAUGACGUUGCUUUUGUAGUUUUUCUUCAGCUGUUUUUGCCUCAAAUCUGUUAUCAACUGUUCUAUGAAGUGGCAUGUGCGUCUGUAAAUAGUUUUUUUUCUGUGAAUAUACCAUAAAGUAUACAUGUCUAUGUCAAUGUUGUAGAAGUCUAUGGAUUUAAAAAAAAAAAAAAAGAUAUAUAACUGAGCAACUGUUGCACAUUUCGUUAAUGCUUUACACAUAUGCUGUUCUAAAUUAUUGCUGAUGAGUUGUAAAAUAAACAUCAAAACCAAA